AGUGGGAUGUAAAUAAGGCAGGCAGAAGCUCCAGAGAGGGUGGAGACAGAGCUUUACGGAAGAAAAAUAUGUGAACCUGGUUGGUACACAUAGCUUCUCCAGACCCACCCAGCCACCCUUUCCUGAGCCCUGUGCUUCGGAUGGCGGCGGGAGGUUGACGGCGAGUGGUGCUGAAGGGACAGCUCCAGCAGUGGCUGAUUUAGGGGAGAAACAAAAUCUGCAGAUGGAAUCGGAGCAGGGCGACUUCACCUUCAAGUGGUGAGCUCUCCUGACCUCCGGCCAGUCUCCGCUCCGUUCAAGGCCAGCCGAUCUGCCCGCUCCCGGUGGGGUCGGGCAGUGCCGGCUGGACCCGCCCCGAGCUCCAUGGUUUGCCCAACCCUGCGCGAUGGUGACUCUGGGCGCGGAGGUUGGCGACUGGCAAAUCCGCAGAUCACAGAAUGAAGGCGGGGAGCGCGGCCGGCGGCCGGCGGGGGCUUUCUCCCCCACCCCAGCGCCCAGCGAAGCGGCUCAACCACCUGAAUCCGGAAAACGCCAACAAGUAGUUUCUCGUCGGAGAAGGGCGGCUCAGCUGGGCGCCAAGACUCAGUCCCGCUGCCCAGAGAACCUCGUCCACUCGGAAACCAAAGCAGAACCACUUUUCUCUCGGUCUCCUUAAGUCAUGUCUGAGUCACAGAGAUGGGCAAGAUCGAGAACAACGAGAGGGUGAUCCUCAAUGUCGGGGGCACCCGGCACGAAACCUACCGCAGCACCCUCAAGACCCUGCCUGGAACACGCCUGGCCCUUCUUGCCUCCUCCGAGCCCCCGGGCGACUGCUUGACCACGGCGGGCGACAAGCUGCAGCCGUCGCCGCCUCCACUGUCGCCGCCGCCGAGAGCGCCCCCGCUGUCCCCCGGGCCAGGCGGCUGCUUCGAGGGCGGCGCGGGCAACUGCAGUUCCCGCGGCGGCAGGGCCAGCGACCACCCAGGGAGCGGCCGCGAGUUCUUCUUCGACCGACACCCGGGCGUCUUCGCCUAUGUGCUCAACUACUACCGCACCGGCAAGCUGCACUGCCCCGCAGACGUGUGCGGGCCGCUCUUCGAGGAGGAGCUGGCCUUCUGGGGCAUCGACGAGACGGACGUGGAGCCCUGCUGCUGGAUGACCUACCGGCAGCACCGCGACGCCGAGGAGGCGCUGGACAUCUUCGAGACCCCCGACCUCAUUGGCGGCGACCCUGGCGACGACGAGGACCUGGCGGCCAAGAGGCUGGGCAUCGAGGACGCGGCGGGGCUCGGGGGCCCCGAUGGCAAAUCUGGCCGCUGGAGAAGGCUGCAGCCCCGCAUGUGGGCCCUCUUCGAAGACCCCUACUCGUCCAGAGCUGCCAGGUUCAUUGCUUUUGCUUCUUUAUUCUUCAUCCUGGUUUCAAUUACAACUUUUUGCCUGGAAACACAUGAAGCUUUCAAUAUUGUUAAAAACAAGACAGAACCAGUCAUCAAUGGCACAAGUGUUGUUCUGCAGUAUGAAAUUGAAACGGAUCCUGCCUUGACGUAUGUAGAAGGAGUGUGUGUGGUGUGGUUUACUUUUGAAUUUUUAGUCCGUAUUGUUUUUUCACCCAAUAAACUUGAAUUCAUCAAAAAUCUCUUGAAUAUCAUUGACUUUGUGGCCAUCCUACCUUUCUACUUAGAGGUGGGACUCAGUGGGCUGUCAUCCAAAGCUGCUAAAGAUGUACUUGGCUUCCUCAGGGUUGUAAGGUUUGUGAGGAUCCUGAGAAUUUUCAAGCUCACCCGCCAUUUUGUAGGUCUGAGGGUGCUUGGACAUACUCUUCGAGCUAGUACUAAUGAAUUUUUGCUGCUGAUAAUUUUCCUGGCUCUAGGAGUUUUGAUAUUUGCUACCAUGAUCUACUAUGCCGAGAGAGUGGGAGCUCAACCUAACGACCCUUCAGCUAGUGAGCACACACAGUUCAAAAACAUUCCCAUUGGGUUCUGGUGGGCUGUAGUGACCAUGACUACCCUGGGUUAUGGGGAUAUGUACCCCCAAACAUGGUCAGGCAUGCUGGUGGGAGCCCUGUGUGCUCUGGCUGGAGUGCUGACAAUAGCCAUGCCAGUGCCUGUCAUUGUCAACAAUUUUGGAAUGUACUACUCCUUGGCAAUGGCAAAGCAGAAACUUCCAAGGAAAAGAAAGAAGCACAUCCCUCCUGCUCCUCAGGCAAGCUCACCUACUUUUUGCAAGACAGAAUUAAAUAUGGCCUGCAAUAGUACACAGAGUGACACGUGUCUGGGCAAAGACAAUCGACUUCUGGAACAUAACAGAUCAGUGUUAUCAGGUGACGACAGUACAGGAAGUGAGCCGCCACUAUCACCCCCAGAAAGGCUCCCCAUCAGACGCUCUAGUACCAGAGACAAAAACAGAAGAGGGGAAACAUGUUUCCUACUGACGACAGGUGAUUACACGUGUGCUUCUGAUGGAGGGAUCAGGAAAGGAAUUAGAAAUGGGCAUUCCAUCCUACAUCACCUGGAUAAUGGCACCAAAUGCCAUUAUUUAAGAAUCAUCUUUUAACCCUAUAAAGCUGGAAGAUUAAAUAUGCUGGAAAAAGAGUUGUCCAUUUAAACUUAAGUAUGCUUUAUUGGCUUAGGAAAUAAAAAAUGAAAAGAGAAAAAGUAGCCUACUUAUUUCUCUUUUUUUUCAAGAACACAUUCUGAAAUUUAAAAAUAUUAGUCAAGCUUAUAUCUUACUUAAGUUGCUUUGCCUAAUUCUUAAAUGAGUUCUAGUAUUCUAUAUGCCAAAAUUACAUUAAUGCUAACUAUAAUCUGGGAAAAAAAUAGAUUUUGAAGUAUUGUAACCAUAAUUUGUGAUGGCUGGUUUAAUCUUUUCAAAAUGGCAACUACAAUGAGCUUCAUUUUUUUAGAGUUAUAAAUUGUCUCAAUAUUAAAUUCUUUGUAAACAAAUUCUUCUUUGAGCUUGAAAGUAGCACUUUUGAUUGCCCUGCAUGGUAUUAUUUGUCUGUCUAUAUUCUGGUUGAUUUCAACUGAUGUCUGUGCAUUUUUUCAUAAAAGGAUAUGAAAAAUCCCGAAGCUUAAACAACAUAGCGGGCUUGGCAGGCAAUGCUCUGAGGCUCUCUCCAGUAACAUCACCCUACAACUCUCCUUGUCCUCUGAGGCGCUCUCGAUCUCCCAUCCCAUCUAUCUUGUAAACCAAACAACCAAACUGCAUCAGUCGGCUAAAUUGUAUUAAUUCAAGUACUGUUUACCCCAUAAUGGAAAUAAUUAAAUGUAGAGUUACUCCAGGCUCCAUUAAUACAGUAUAAAUCUUGCAUGAUACUACAAUUUGAAGUCAGAAAUGCCACUUGGGUAGCUAAUGAAUCUUACCCAGGCUUUAAAGAUUGUCUAAAGUAGUGCUAAGAUUUCUCCUAUUAAUUGCCCUGAUCUCCUUUUGCAAUAAAAUGACAGAUAGUGUCAGAUAUUGACCAGUGCACUAAUAGAUAAACAUAUCUUCAGGGAGAUAUAUUUAAAACAGUGUGCUUCCAAAUGCCAACCACUUCAUUGGAACUUUAUUUCUUGUGACUGUAAAUCAUUCUGAAGAUGUCUGGGAUCCUAUCUUGAUUGCACACAACAUGACUUGUGUCAGCUCAUUUGCAUGGACCAUCUUGUCUCUAUCACCUGAAAGCAAUGUUGCAGAGUUCGGGGACUGUGGAUAGCUCAGGAUAUGUGUACUUGCAUCGAACCAUCCUGCUGAUAUGAAAGCAUUGGUCGACUGUUCUGCAUGUUGAAUUGUGGGGCAGGGAGGGCACUUUUCUCCUUGACAUUUUUUUCUUAUUAUUUGAAAGAAAUAUAUGUUUUAAAUAGUUUAAUUUCUUGUUUGAUUUACUUUUCUUCAAAAAUGCUGUAUUGGAGUUCUGAAUGUCUCUGGUUGUUUGCACACAGAUAACAGCAAAGAGGUUGUCAUUACUGGUUACACGCAAGCCGAGGCCAGAUCUCUUACUUAAUGACUUGGGGAAGGCACAAAACAUGAGAGAAAGGUAACUGCCAGCCAGGCUUGCAUUGUUUAGCCAGAAAUUGCUGCUUGGUUCUAGACUCUUUAAAAAAAAAAAAAAAAAAAAAAAAAAAAAAACAGGGUUUGUCAUCAUUUUCAGAGGCAGAGUGCCAAAUAUCACCCAAAGCUCUUGUGUCUUUUUUUUAACCCCCUUAUUUUAUUUUUAUUCAUUAAUUUUUUGUGCAAACAUCAAAUGUCACUGGUGUUCACAGAAGGCUUUUUUGACUAGGCUUAAAUUCCUGAAUCAAAAGAUUAAUCAGAUUUUCAGGCAGAGUUUAAUCAGGUGCUUUGUCCUGUAUGUUGUUCUUGUCUGUCUGUCUUAGCUCCCUGUCUUUCCUGUAUAUACCAUCUGUCUCCAUGAAGCACAGAAAUGCCUCUGUAAGAUGUUUAUGAUUUUAAUAUUGACUCCUUCUAACCCCGACUCCAUACCUUUUUUUGCUAUUUGGAGCAGCCUCUCUGCUUUGUAUAUAAAUUAAUGAUGCCCUGUAGACUGCCUAAGUUAAUCGGCACUAUGAAUCUUUUUGAUAAGCAGGGUUUAAGCAGCAAUUUCACCAUUGCACUUGGUUGCCUGCUGCAGUGUCAGUUUCUACUACCUAGCAACCAGCAUUCAUUACUACACUCCAACAAAAUCCUUAGGGAGUCAUAUUCAGUCUGAGUGGAAGAAAGUCUAUUUAUGCAUUCCUAUGAAUUCAACAGCAAUAGUGUGUCUCAUGUAUUGAGCAUGUGAGGGAAGAAAAAGGCCGUAAAAUAAAUAGAGGGAUAAAUAAUAUUACUAAGGCAUUUGGGAUCCUUGAGACUGCUGAUUAAUUCCUAUUUCUCAUGUUUAUUUUUUGUUAGGAAGACAAUUGUCACUUUUAUUAUUGGCCACGAAACAUGUAUUACUCUAUAUCCCCAAGUCCUAGAGCAUGACCUGCAUGUUGGAGAUGUACAGCAAUGUAUUUAUCCAGACAUACAUAUAUGACAUUUAGAGAUACAGUGAUUCUUUUGAUAACACCACACAUAGAACAUUAUAAUUACACACAAAUUUAUGGUAAAAGAAUUAAUAUGUUGUCUGGUGCUGCUGUUAUUGACUACAGUGUUGUACAGAAUUUAUCAUGGAUUAUUGACUGCUGAGAAAGGGACAGUGGAAUUUAGCCAUACCAAGGACUAUACUGGAAACAGACUUCUGCUGCUGAAUGUGCCCUGAUGUGACCAGGUUGCACUUGGAAGAGAUCCUCACGUCUUCAUGAGGCACUUAAAGCUUAUAAAAGAACUGUGGCUGGAACUCAUCUGGUGCUCCCCCUGAGAGUGCUCUGCUUGUAGACUGGCCAGUGUCCAUGAAACAACUGUAAAUACCAACAUGUGUGCAUGGGUCAACAGUCUUGGCCAUUUCUCAUCAAAAGAAGCCAAAUUCAUGAUCAACAUCUCUGAAGUUUCAAGUAAGGCCCACACUUCUUUGAAUUACUCUUCACGGGCCCACAUUAGGUUGUGCUGUGAAUUACUUAAGGCAGUGAUACUGAUGUAGUAUAGUUCUGUCUUAAUUUCCCUUAUUUCUACUUUGUUGGUUGAAUCUAUGAAAUUGAUUGUAUCAUUUUCUUAUAAAUUACUGAUGUAAUCAGCUUGUCAAUUAUGUUGUGAAAUUGUUAGUAUUCAUUUAUCAAAAAUGACCUAUGUUUAGUCACAUAUUUGUUUAAUUCUGGGAAAUUGUUAUAGCUUAAAUGAAACUCACCAAUAUUAUUCAUAGUUUAAGUCUUUUAUCAUUAUUACCUCAAUUAUAAAUAUUAUGAAAACAUAAUUCUGGCAAUGAGAAUAUUUUUUUAUUCAAUGAUCAAGAAGCAAUGUCAGUAUAUAGUAGAAUAUCAAUUAAAUUAUAUCCUAAAAUGUAUAUUUUGCAUAAAAGAGAUAUUCUUUAAUCAAUUACUUUUUUGUGAGUUUUGUGGCAAAUGAAGCUUGUACGUGUCUUUAAAACUGUUGUAGACGAAACUGUAUAAGAUUUUUACAUCUUGCUUAAUCAAUAUUUCCAGAGUCUAUUAGUUCCCCUGGGAUUCUGAAUAUAACAUAUAGCCUAUUAUAAACCCCUGUAUCGUGGACCUUUUGUGAACAUUUCAAGGCGCAUGCACAACCUUGAUGAUAACCAGUGCAAAUGUAACUAACUGAAAUGAAGAAUAAAAGGCAAAUGAGCUGGGGAUAAACUUGAAUCUUAUCUGAUUAAAUUACUCAAAUUAU